AUGCUUUUUAAGCAAAAUCUUUUGUUUACUUUAGCUAUUGCUGCUGCUGCAGCUGCGGCGGCGGCGGCGGCUAUACUUCGCACUCUUACUUUCGAACCUUCGCUUUUUCUUUUAGACUUUUUUAUUAAGCGCUUGCUUAUAUUAACGACCGUCAAGGCUUUAAAUUAUAAUAAUUGCACCGCUGCUUUUGCCGCUGCUAAUACCGCUUUCGAAAACUUCCUCGCUUUAAAUGCUGCUUUUUUAAGAGGUGUUGCUAAUAGUCCGGGCGGUUUUGCGAAUAGAACUUUUGUUAGAUUGAAUAGUCUUAUAACAGCGAACCGUAGUCCGGUGAUACGAAACGUUUCGAGCAUAUCACUUUCUCCUCUUGCGCUUGCGCUAGCCGCUUUUAUUGCUCUCGUCGCUUUCGCAGCUCUCGUCGUUCCCGUCGCAUUUAUUGUCGUCGCUUUUUUUGCGCUAAUUAUUACGCUUACCGCUUUCGCAGCGGCGCUCGCCGUUGUUAUAACUUUUGCGAAGCGCUGA